AUGGAGCUCGCAAAGCUCAUUGCACCAAAUGGAAUCUGGGGAAAGGUCUGGCUGGCAGCACACUGGGAGCGGAAGCUCAAGAAGCAGUUCACCAUCCGAACGCGCAAGUUUCAGACCAACCCGCUGCUGGCCCGGAAGCAGUUCGUGCUGGAUGUCAUCCAUCCCAGCAUGGCGAAUGUGGCAAAGAAGGACCUCACAGAAAAAUUGGCGAAAAUGUACAAAGUGAAAGACACCGCCUGCAUCCAGCUGUUCAGCUUCAAGACGGCCUUCGGUGGUGGUCGAAGCACCGGUUUUGGCCUCAUCUACGAGAGCCUGGACAAGAUGAAGAAGUUCGAGCCGAAGUACAGGCUCAAGCGUGCCGGUGUCGGUGGUGAGAAGACGGGUGCAGGCCGCCGCGGAAAGAAGGACACCAAGAACCGAAUGAAGAAGGCCCGUGGCAAGGACAAGAGCAAGGACUACCAGGAGAUCGAUCUUCGCAGCUUGCUUGCUACUAUCUCGGCAAAACGGUCGCUUGUCUCCCUGCGAGCUACCGGGCACCUACUGGUGGGCGCCUGCAAGAUCUACUGCAAGCAGAGCGCUUUCCUGGAGGAGGAGGCAGAUGAGGUCCGUGCUGGACUCAUGAUGGCAUUCAGCCGGCCGACAGAAGAGCCGGAGGUCGAGAUUUCCGGCCGCAUUCGUGAGGUGCGGCAAGGUGCCCUGACGCCCAUUCUUGCGGACGACCAGGCCCUGCUGGGAGGCAAGAAGCACAUCGCACGUUUGGAGGACAUUACACUAAAGAACCAAGGCAAGGAGGAUGCAGG